UAUAGAUCCAGAUAUCAUCGGCAGUGGAUUAGAGAUGUAUUUAAAAAUUCUUUGUUUUGUCUUUUAUUUUGUUGUAACAGGAGCUGGUCAAGAAUUAGGUGAUGAGAAUGUAUGCUAUAAUGGUAUUAAGCCUAAACUAGACGAGUUGAUCGACUUGUAUAAAAAGUCUCCCUCUAUUUCAAAUUUACCAACUUUUCCUGAUAUAAAUUCUUUAAUAGAUGAAGUAGAAGAUAUAAUUUCGAAUAUAAUAAAUUUAGAAAAAACUUUAAACAAAAGCCAGACUAUCCGAGACUUUAUCAAUAAUAAAUCCGAAAAUGUAGAAAAUUUGAAGAAUGCUUUAGAUCUUUUAAAGCAGAUAAGGAAAGGAAUAGAUGAAAUUAAUCAAUUGAAAGAUAUUCAUAACGAAGCAGUUACUACUUGUUCUGGGGCAUCUGAACUAUAUGAAAAAUUUAGGAAAGAUGUUAGCGAUAUUAAAAGUACAGGAAAUGCCAUCAAAGCUUCUAUUAAGAAAAUUUUGAAAAGGGUGGAGGAUGUAAAAAACAAAAGUUUCCAAGUUAAAAAUGAUUUGGAUUCUGUUAAGAUACCAGAGUCGCUGUUUCAACAAUACCUAUGUGAUUCUAAUUUACAGUCAAAAAUUCAAGACAUUAUAGAUACACUGAGAAAUAUUGCAGAUAUAUUAAGAAGAGAGUUUAAAGGUGUUAUACAAGAAAAACUGAAAGAAAUAGAGAAUAAUUCCGACAAGCUUGAGAAAGAUGCCGCGGAAAUGCAAAAAAGUUUAAAUGAAGACAUACCAAAAACUGUCAUAAAGACUACAGAUGUAACAAAUGCCACUAUUGAAGAUCUUAAAAAGCAAAUAGAAGAUUUAAAAGAUGAACUGAGAAACAUGAAUUUGGAUCAAACUAGUGAUGACUAUUUAAAAGAUGUUAAACAGAAAUUAAAGAAGUUGGCUAAUGAAUAUGAAACAAUCCUGAAAGAUGUAUUUUCAAAAGACAAUAUGGAUAAAGCAGCAGAAGAAUUGGAAACAGCCAGAAAAACAUUGCAACUCAUAAAUGACAGAGAUGCGCUUAAAGCAGAAUUAGAUGAUGUUAAGAAAUUAGUCGAUACUUUGAAGAAAGGAGGAGUGUGUUCAAAAGAAAAAAUUUCUGUAGAAGGAUAAGAAGCAUAGUAAUUGUUAGUAUAUUAUUAUAAUACAAGUACGUGCAUCAACUUUAAUAAGAUUUUACGAAAUCGUUAAAACGACCAUUACAGUUUUGGGUAGAUGAAAGACAUAUUUCAUUUUUCCGAAAGAAAAGAAAUCAGUGACAUUGAAAAACUAUUCACUACACAUAUAAAGUUGCAUGGAAAUAGGUACCUACUUCUCAAGUCUGGUAUCAUUUGACUACCUUUCUAUUAAAAGUUCUUAGAGUUUAGGGUUAGGGGAUGCCAGUAGAUGGGAAAAGGUGGACGCUAAAAUUAACACUAUCUUAAUGAAAUAUACAGGGUGAUUCACUUUUUAUGAAUAGGACUUUAACCAUCGAUACGUAGAUCUUGUCAAAAUAAUGUAAUUUUGAAGUAUACACGUUUUCUUCUUAAGGCUUCAUUUCAGAGACAUAAGCUCUUGAAACUUUUUUGCUGAAAAACUUUUUUUUGGUAUUUAUUUAUUUUUUCUUAAACUGCGAAAGCCAUUUGUUUUAUAUUUAGUAUGAGGUGUACGAAUGAAAACCUCUAUCGAUUUUACAAAUUAUUGUGAAAAUAUAUGAAUCACAUGCGACCGUAAGGGGCUCUGAUAACCCAUAUUUUUAAUAUAAUUUCUACGACACUGGAGAUUUUUCAUAAUGAAUAUAUUUUUUUACGCUGCGGU